ACACACACAUGCAUGCAGGCGCACAGUGCAUAUAUAAGAACAGCGCGCGCCGUGAAACCCCAGAAACUCAGCAGAUCUUCAAAGCUCUCAAAAGCUCCCAGAAGCUCCAAUCGCCCUCGAGCUCGGACCCUAAACCCGCGCACUUUUCUCUCUCCGCCUCUCUCUGAGCCAUGCGUGUACUCCAGCCCGUGCCCGUGCUCGUGCCCGCCGAGCUCGCCCUCUCCUGCCUCCUCCUUCUACUCGUGCCCUCCGCGCGCUCCUCUCCGGUGGCGCCUCCCCCGCCCCUCGCGCCCAUCCGCUGCGCGCCCUGCACGCCCCUGCAGCUCAGCGCGUGCCCCGCCGUGCCCGCACGCUGCCCCGAGGUGCUGCGUGAGCCCGGCUGCGGAUGCUGUCUGGCGUGCGCGCUCUCGCUGGGGGAUGCGUGCGGCGUGCACACCGCGCCCUGCGGCUCGGGCCUGCGCUGCACCCCGCGCGCCGGGGACCCCCAGCCGCUCCACUCGCUGGUGCGCGGGCAGGGCGCGUGCGCGCGCGCGGAGAUGACACAGCAGCAGCAGCAGCAGGAGGAGGAGGAUGAAGAGCGGGAGGAUGAAGAGGCGCUGAUGCUGAUACACAACACCGUGCCCACCGAGGAGUCCGACCUCCACAGCCUGCACGCGCUGCUGCAGCUCAGCCAGCCCACCGACACCACGGCGCGCGACGCCAUCCGGGCCAGAGCCAACGCCAUCCGCAAGAAACUCGUGCAGCUGGGUCCGUGCCACACUCAGCUCCACGCUGCUUUAGACACCAUCGCCGCCUCCCAGCAGGCUUUAGGCCAGCAGUUCACCUCCUUCUACCUGCCCAACUGCGACAAACACGGCUUCUACAAGGCCAAGCAGUGUGAGACGUCUCUGAUGGGUCAGCCCCCUCGCUGCUGGUGUGUGUCGUCCUGGAACGGCCAGAGAAUCGCAGGGUCCGGCGACGUGACCGUAGAUGACCUCUGCCAGCAGGAGGUCACCCACUGAAGACCACUCUUCUCCUCAUCACACUAUCACACCCUGCUUAGAAAGCGUUUUAUUGUUUUUGAGACUAAAGGCAAUUUUAUUUAUUUAAUUUUGGGUCUUAUGACACCGCCACUUAUUUAUUUAAUAUGUGUGUUUUUAUUCUAAGAUUUAAUUUGGAGUAUUUAUAGAGUAUUUUGCUUACAAGUAGAAGAAACCCCUAAUUUCUGCUGUUAUUUUGUAUUAUUAUUUUGGUUUUAAACAACUCCAGUGCUGAAGAGCGGCACAUGCAGGCAUGUCUUUUUCUGGAAAAUGACUUAUUGUAAAAAAAAAUAUAUAUUGUAAAAAUCAAUGCAGUUUGUUGAAUUUGUGGAUGUAGCAUAUUAAAAAAAAACAUUGCAUUUUGACUAAAA